AUGGAGGACAUCGAAGCGGGCCAGGUCCAAAUCCAUCCGAGCCGCCAACCAAUUUACAAGAAAAAGCUCAGCAAUGCAAUGAACAACGUGCAGCGCAUGCUACUUCUCAAAGGAGGACAAGCAGCAAAGCUGCAAGAAGAAGUUGAGUCAAGCUUCAUUGCUUUGCAUGCGACUCAGAAAGGUUUGUUCAGUACCCAGAAGGAAUUGUCGGACGCCAAGGCAGUGAUUGCGGAGCAGCGCGGUGAGAUCUCGAACCUGAAGCGCGCAAUCCAGACUUUGGAGAACCAGAUCCUCUCUGAUGCCGACAUGACUUCGGACUGA